CGUGGUCGCGUCGGAGGGAGCCCGCCCUUUCGCGGGCUGUCGUCACUCACCGAGACUGCAUUCUGAAGGGAGGAGGAGCUGAGCGCGAUCGCCGGUAACUCGCCGGGGAGCGGUGGCGGGCUGGCGGGCAGACGGCCGGCCGGCGAGCACGGGGAUGGAGCGGCGCUGGAGCGAGGGGAUGGGCAGCGCUGGCGCCGACACCGAGCGAAGGCUUGGAGACCCGCAGAUUCCUGUGGAUAUUGGAGAAAGCACUACCGAUGACUACAAGAAGAUGGGAACGCUUUUUGGGGAGCUCAACAAAUGCCUGCGAAAUAUUGGCUUCACACAGAUCCCAUUUGGAACUCGUGUUGUGGAACCAGUUGUAAUAAUUUUCUUCUGGGUUAUGCUGGGUUUCCUCGGUUUACAAGCUUUAACUUUAGUGGGUGUGCUCUGCCUUGUUGUUAUUUUCAUCCAAGAAUGAAAGAUGUCAGAUGAAUGUAUUUGAAAUCCAUUUUAUACUUUGUAUGUUAUAAUUAUAUCAGAAUUUGUAUUGAUGUGAAUAUGUAUAUUUAUUAUAUAUGGGUAUAUAAUAUGCAAAAUACUUUAAAGUAUUGCUAUUUACCAACUUUUUAAAGCUUUUUUAAUCUGUGCAAAAAAGUACUGUAUAUGAAUGUACAAUAUUCACAGGGCUGUGGCUGAAAUGCAAUAUUUUUAAAGAAUGUUUAAUUUUUUGACAUGGUGAUCUUUUGUGCAGAAAACUCAGGGCAAGGAGUAUGAGAUGAUUGCCAUAUCAUUCAUAGGUUAAAAAGUCUUUAUUGUAAAGCUAUUUUUACAGUAAACUUUUUAAGCAAAGCCUUUGCUUUAGUAUCAGAUCUAUCUUUGCAUUCUUCUGUAUAGCACUGAAAUGAAGUGUUCCUUGAAAUGUUUUUCUCAAGCCACCUUUGAUUGGUAUUCAUGAACUGUUAAUACGUGGAUAUUUAAAAUAAAAUAUUUGUAACAAAGUAU